AUGCCCGUGACGCCAAUUGGGCCAUUUGCGUGCUUGGGAAACGAGCUGAGGUCAUUGAGAGGUCACAUUGCAGCAACAUCAAGCUUGCCGCUGAGGCAGCCGCUGGCCAACAUUCGUGGUGCUGCAGCUCGGCGGCGGCGGCACCACCAUGAGCGGCGGCAGCUUUUUCAACAACACUGGCAGCAGCACCAGGCAUCUGCGGUCUGUAGAGCUUCCAGUGGCAACAGCCAGGCAUCUAGCAGCGCAGGUGGAGGUGCAGAGGAGGUGGACGUGGUGGUGAUUGGCAGCGGCAUCGGCGGCCUCAGCUGUGCGGGCCUGCUGGCGAAGUACGGACUAAAGGUGGUGGUGUGUGAGUCCCACGAUGUGCCCGGCGGUGCAGCCCACACCUGGACUGUGCGCGCUCCUGGGGGCGAGGGACUGUACCACUUUGAGUCCGGACCUUCACUGUACUCAGACAUGGCGGGGCGGGGGCGGGGCGCCAACCCGCUGGCGCACGUGCUGCAGGCACUGGAUGAGCCGCUGGACUUGUUGCCUUACAGGACCUGGAAUGUGGUGCUGCCUGAGGGAAGCUUCCUCACAGAGGUGGGAGCCAGCCAGUUCUGCGACGUGCUGGAGCAGGUCCGCGGCCCCGAGGCGGUGCAGGAGUGGCGGCGCCUGCAGGAAUUCAUCCGGCCGCUGGCAGUUGCAGCCACCAUGCUGCCGCCGGUGGCCUUCCGGCAAGAUGCCGGCGCCGCCUUCACCGCCAUCGCCCGCUACCUGCCUCACCUCCUGUCCAACGGCGGCGCCGCGCUCAAGCUCUCAGGGCCCUUUUCAAAGGUCCUGGACGAGGCGGGCGUGCGGGACCCCUUCAUCAAGAACUGGCUGGACCUUCUGUGCUUCCUGCUGUCGGGCCUCCCGGCGGAUGGAACAAUCGCAGCCGCGGUCGCCUUUAUGUUUGACCAGUGGUACCGCCCAGACUGCUACCUUGAGUUUCCCCGCGGCGGCAGUCAGGCAAUGGUGGAUGCGCUGGUGCGAGGCGUGGAGAAGCAUGGCGGCCGCCUGCUGCUGCGAUCGCACGUGGAGCAGAUUCUUGUUGAGGGCGGCAAGGCCACAGGCGUGCGGCUGCGUGGCGGGCGCACCAUCCACGCCAAGCGCGCUGUGGUCAGUAAUGCCAGCUCACCCGACACGCUGCGCCUGCUGGCCCCCGAGGCCGUACCCGCAAGCUGGCGGCAGGGCGUGCAGGACACGCCCCUCAAUCCUUCAUUUAUGCAUCUGCACCUUGGCUUUGAUGCGACAGGCAAGUUGAGGAGGGGGCUGGAACUGCACCAUAUCGUGGUCAACUCCUGGGAUGCGCCAGGCGGCGUGACGGCGGAGCAAAACGUGGUGCUGGUGUCCAUUGCAUCGGUGAUCGACCCCUCGCUGGCGCCUGCGGGGAAGCACACCCUGCACGCCUACCUGCCCGCCACCGAGCCGUACGAGCUGUGGGAGGGCCUGGACCGGCGCAGCCGACAGUACCAGCAGCUGAAGGAGGAGCGCAGCAGGGUUCUGUGGGAUGGUGCGCUGGGCUUCUCAUUACAGAAUUGGCCGGCAUUGGUGAGCCUGGUCGGCACCCCGCUCACGCACGAGCGCUUCCUGCGCCGCUCUAGGGGAACCUAUGGCCCAGGCAUCCGCGCCGGCGAGGGGCUGUUCCCUUGGCCCGCGUCCCCCGUUCCCGGGCUGUAUUGCUGCGGCGAUUUCGCCUUCCCGGGCAUCGGCCUGCCCGCGGUGGCAGCCAGCGGGGCCAUCACCGCCAACAGCCUGGUCUCUGUGGGCCAGCACACGGCGCUGCUGCAGGAGCUGGGCAUCUGA